GCGCAGCGCAGCGGGUGUCAUGGCGGAGCUCGGCGCUCACCUCACGGCCGCCUCGGCCGGGUAUGACCGGCCCUCCAUCUUCGAGGCGGUGGCCCAGGACAGCCUGAUGGGCGCCGUGAAACCCGCCCUGCAGCACCUGGUGAAGGUGCUUGCUGAGUCCAAUCCUGGCCGAUACGGCUUCCUCUGGCACUGGUUUGAUGAGAUCUAUGUUCUUCUGGACGUGCUGCUCCAGCAGCACUACCUGGCUACGUGCAGUGCUUCCUUUUCUGAAAACUUCUACAGCUUAAAGAGGAUUCCCAUAGGAGACUGCAGACGGCAACCCUUGGCCACUGCUGGCCUGCCAAAGAGGCAGCACUGGAAGUCUCUUCUCUUGCUGGUUCUUGUUCCUUACCUGAAAGGAAAGCUGGAGAAACUGGUGUCCACCCUGAGGGAAGAGGAUGAGUACUCCAUCCACCCUCCUUCAUCAUCAUGGAAGCGCUUCUACAGAGCCUUUCUAGCUGCCUACCCCUUUGUAAACAUGACCUGGGAGGGCUGGUUUCUCAUCCAGCAACUGUGCUAUAUCCUGGGGAAGGCUCAGCAUCAUUCACCCAUGCUGCGCCUGGCUGGCGUUCGCCUGGUCAGACUGACUGCGGAGGAUAUCCUAGCCCUGGAGAAGAAACUGGGGGGAACCACCUCACAUCCGGCACCCAGCAUUAAAACCCAGGUGCAGUCAGCAGUGAGGAAAGCCCUGGGCACCAUCGCCUUCUCCCUGUCCACCGGGCUGUCUAUCAGCGUGUUCUUCCUCCAGUUCCUGGACUGGUGGUACUCCUCAGAAAACCAGGAGACCAUCAAAUCUCUGACCGCGCUCCCAACUCCUCCACCCCCUGUGCACCUCGACCCCAGCUCCACUCUCCUACCCAAACUGAAGACUGUGUGUCCCCUGUGCCACAAAACUCGCGUCAACGCCACAGCCCUAUCCACAUCUGGCUUUGUCUUCUGCUACCGCUGUGCGUACGGGUACGUGAAGGCUCAUCAGCGCUGCCCCAUCACAGGCUAUGCCACAGAGCUGCAGCAUCUUGUCAAACUGUACUCUCCUGAGAGCUGAAAGGAGAGAUCCAUCCCUGCACCUUGCAGCUGGGUAGCACUGAGCCUGAAUUCUCCCCUCCUUGUGUCCCAUAGAAGGCUUUGUACCACUACAGCUCAUGAGUGAGCUCUAAAGCUGCUUUGCACUUGGUGAUACAUCAGUUUUGCUGCCCUUGUGAAUUCUGGUAAGGCUCUCCCCUUUAUUAACUGUUCAAACAUCCUGUGACAGCCUCAGAGGGACUGGACAGCCCUGGUCUGUCAGCCAGCACAGAAGCACCUUCAAAGACCAACCGAAAGGGAAGAAACAUUGAUCUGGAUAAGACUGUAGAUCAAAUACCAUCACUGGCAAAUUCCCCACUCAAGGGCAUGAGCCAGCAAAUUAAAGAGGUAGGGAAACUUCUCCAGGGGACUUACUGCUCCCACAGCAGCUUCUCAGCACUGCCAGGGCAAGCUCUGGCACUAGUGCUUGUCACAGAGGUAGAGACAGGCUCAAACCUCUGCUCCAUCAUGCUGUUCUUCAGGGUCCCCCUGAUUUUUCAGGCUACUCGCCUCUGAAUUGAGAACAUCAACGCCCUAAUUCCCCUGACAGCUCUAACUGAAGGGUUUGACUUUUUAAAGGAAGAGAAGUUGAUGUGUGCAAACAAGGAGAUAAGAGAGACAUUACAUGUGUGCACAAGGGAGAAAAAUGAUGAACCAGAGCAAAGCAGCAAUGAUGGGAGUUGGCUUUUUUGUUAAAUAAGUCUUUGCAUCGGUUAUUAUCUGCUUUUAUAAAGCAAAAAUCUCUCGAUUGAGAACCUAACCUUAAUUCUUUUCUGGUUAUUGGAAAAACAGGAGCUCUGUUUACACAAGGGAGACUGGACUGAAGCAGCUUUCAUCUUUACAGACAACGAUAAUGGAUAGGCGUAUUUUAUAGGCUGAGAAUCUUUAAUGUCCAUGUUUAAUUACUGCAUGGCAAUUACUCCAGUCCCAGCCAUGUAGCACAUUCACAUCAUAGCAAAGCAUCUUUUUGCUGAACAGAGGAGAGAAUGUUAUGGCUGGCCCCUGAGACACCUGGGUUUGUGAGGGAAGGUGUUUUCCUGACUGGGCUCUAGGGAGCAGCAGUCAGCUCUUAGACACCACCAGGACAUCCCUUGCAGAACAUGAAGAGGAAAGUUUGCUCACAAUGUACAAGAUUUUUCCAGAUUAAGUGGUAAUUUCUAACAUUUAAUCCACUGAACCGGGUCAGCUCAUUUCCCUCUGCACUUUAGCUUUGCUUCAGAAGAUGAAAAUCUCCAAUAUCCUGCCUCACCUAUAAGCAAGAUAGCAAGGUUAUUGAAUAACAUGGAAAAAGACAGCAAGUUGUAUCCUAAAGAUGCUCUGGAAAACACCUGCUGUAACAAAUGAGAUUUGUCACUUGUCUUACUAGCUCUAUACAACUUCCAGACCCUUCCACCUGUGCCACUAUGGAAUAAAAACUCUCUCAUUUUUCCUUUAGUAGUUAAUGGAUCCUUAAAGACUCCUCUCCCUUUAAAAAGCCAGGAAGAGCAUGUGCAUCUUGCUGGAAAAGAAAUCACAGAAAGGACCAAGAUUUUCUGAGACUUCAGAUCACUUUUAAUGUAGCUGGCUUUGAGCUGGUUGUUAAUUCACAUCACUUGCUUCAUACAGAGAAAUCAUCAUCUCUGUGAAAAAACAGCAUCUAAACCACUCCAUGCAUGUGCUGUGUGGUCUUAAAAGUACCUAUCUGAUCAGGCAGACAUGGGCCUGAGCGUCCUGGAGACUGACUGCAGCCACUCAUUUACAUAAGGGAUGAAGGAUUUGACUGAUGAUUCAGUUUUAGGAUAGGUUUAAUGUCCUUUUAUCCUGCCUAUACUUUCCAAAUUAAGCACAACCCAAGCUGCCUCCGUGCACACACUGCCCCUUGUACACCUCCUUCUUCCAGGGUUAAUCUCUUUCCCUCUCCCCAGAGUGGAUGCCUCCCUGCCAGGCCCUGGCUGCUUCCACUCCGCCUCACACCACACAACACCCUGUCCUUGCCAGACCAACUCCACAGCACCUCUGAGACCUGCACAGAACCACCCACAUCUAAGCCCCACAGUUCUGAACAGCUGUAAUUACUCUCUUGAAUAUUAAAUUGUUUUUUAAUGCUUAGCUGACUAACAAGCAUUAAGCUCACACCAGUGACAGGCUCAGCAGUUACCUGGCAGAUUUUAUAAGUUCCUGCAGAAUACCAACUUGGAUUUGACUGCUUCUUCUAACCCUCCUGUUCUUAGGAGCCAAAUACAUACCCUUUUAUCAGGUUUAUUGCUCUAAAACAAAGCUAUAAACCAGUUUGGAUUAUACAAACAUUCCCUUUUAUGUGCUUUUAAAUGUAAUAGUGUUAUUAAAGCCAUGAUGGCCUAAAGAUAGACAAGAUGUUUUUUAGGGAAUAUCAACUUUAUUAAACCAUCCUACAGACUUA